AUGUCAUCUCAAAAGCCUUCGCAUGUCCUUGUCACCGGCUCAACUGGCUUCAUUGGCGCCCAUGUCGUUGACAACCUCCUGGCGCGUGGCUUCUCAGUCCGUGGCGCCACGCGGUCGGCCAAGAAGGGGGAGCAGAUGAAGGCAGCGCGUCCGCAGUACACAUCAAAGUUGGAUUUUGUCAUUGUGGAAGACUUCACGAACAUUGGUGUGUUCGAUGCCGCGAUGGAAGGCAUUGAUGCUGUCAUUCAUGUCGCAAGUCCAUUCUUCUAUGACACCACCAACAACGAGCAAGAACUGAUUCUCCCUGCUAUCAACGGCGUCAAGUCAAUUCUGUCUGCCUCAGCCAAGCCAGGGAGUAAAGUCCGACGUAUCGUGUUGACAUCAUCCUUCGCCUCGGUCCUUGAUAUCGACAGAAAUCCUCCUCCUGGCUUCACGUAUACAGCUGCUCACUGGAACCCUCUCACAUACGAAACGGCAAUUGACCCCAAAUCCACAUCCGUGGUUGCAUACCGCGGGUCUAAAAAGUUUGCAGAACUUGCUGCGUGGGAAUUUGUCAAGAAUGAAAAGCCACAGUUUGAUCUAGUCGCACUCUGUCCUCCGAUGGUGUUCGGUCCCGUCGUUCACCCAGUUUCCAGUGUUGAGCAACUGAACGAAUCCAAUGCGGUUCUCUGGAGUGUAGCUGCGGGCAUUGAUCCCAUUCCUGGAAUUAGGGUGCCUGCUUGGAUCGAUGCUCGAGAUCUUGCCGAGGCCCACGUUCAAGCCCUUCUUACUCCAGAGGCUGGCGGCAAGCGAUUUAUCCCUGCAGCUCCUGAGCCCUUCUCAUAUGAAUACGCGGCAGACAUCAUGAAGGAAAAUUUUGACUGGGCCAAGCAAUCGGUGACUACCAACUACAAGGCUGGGGAGAAGCCGCAUGCCUCUUACGGUGUAGAUGGGGAGACAGUUGCUCGAGAGCUUGGUGUGAAGUACCACAGCUUCAGAGACACGGUAGUAGAGUUUGUCAAACAAGUCAAGGAGGAUCUUACUUAG